AAGCAGUGACGUCAUUUGGGGGUGCUGCCCCGAGUCGAAUUUAUUUACAAAAUUGAUUAAAGCCUAUUGUGGGCUAUCUGCUAGCAUUGAUUGAAGGUGGGACUUUGUGGUCGUUUGUAUGCCGAUAGGAGCGCGUAAUUUCUUAAUAAUUCGUUAAAAAAAAAAAUGGAGGUUUUAAACGACGAUACUCUCAUUCGCAUACUAGGCUAUUUAGAUCUAAAAUCACAACAAAUCAUGAUGACUUUACAUCCACGAUUCUUUCAAUUGAUGUCGAUUGUCUGGUGCUUAGAGUAUAAAACUGUAAAACUGUCAUUAUAUGAGGCAAAUUUUUCACUCGAGCACCUGCGUCAUUUCUUUCGAAGCAUUUGCAAUACUGUGCAAGUGCUUCAUCUGCGUAUGAUGUGCUUGGAACAAUAUAAUGUGCUCAUCAGUUUUAUAUUCCCCAAAGUACAUGAUUUUCGCUUUGCAACAGUUCCAAGUAAAUUGCUGUCCGAUUCGGAUAUACCAAAGCUGAUCCGGACUUUUCCAAAUCUGAAAACCUUCAGUCCACACGGCAAUUUUUCGGGCAGAUACUUUACGGAUUUUCCAUUACUGGAGCGUCUAACACUGACAUACUGCAAAUACUUCAGUGUUGAAAAUCUUGCAAAUGUUAUGAAAGAACGAAAGCUUAAAGAAAUCAAAUUGUGUCUGUUUGAUCGCAGAACAAUUGAAUCGAGCCAUUUAUGUCUGCCUGUGGCCUCUUUGGAAAAUCUGGAAUCCAUCAAAUUGGAAGUGGAUGAACUUCCAUGGUUCGAGGACCACCUGGAAGCACUUAAUCGGUUAAGCGAGCUCACGGUUUGUGGGUCUGGAUUUAUGGGAACACUUCCAUUACUCUGCCGUAAAUUGGGUUGUCUAACGCAGAAACAUCAUUUUAAAAUUUUGGAGACAUGCAAUACCACAGACACAUUGUGCACGGUCAUUGGAUCAAAGCUACGUGUGGAUGCUCUUAAAAUCGUAACGGAUAAUUAUUUAUUGGAAGACAUGGGCUACUUUUCGCCCAACAACUUUGAGUACAUAAAGCAAUUGUUUUUUAAAAGUUGCUGCAUACAAGAAAAAAAACAUUUAAAUAAUCUAAUGCACAACAUUGCAAACGUGGAGCUCGUUAGCUUUGAGCAGUGUGUAUUUACGUUUGACAACUAUCAGUUUGUGGCAGCUAAAAUAGCCGAAAAGCGCAACAAAUUGCUGCAAGUAAAUCUGUAUCAAAACGCAUGCGUAUUUACAAAAUUACCAUGGGUCUUUACAGUGGUUGGUCAACAUCCGUUAGUUCAAUUCCUCCCUGGCAGAAACUACGAAUACACUUACGAACCCAUAUACAUGUAUUUGAAAUAAAUAAAUAAAUAAUGACAAUACAAUAAAACACUCUCAGAACACCUUGGGAGCCAAGUCAAAAUCAAGUACAAAUUCAACAUAUGUAUAUCUAGUUCUGUCUAAAUAAAAUAUCGACUCACGCUUUCCUCCGUAAA